UUCUUUCUUAAACAUUCGUAAAUUUUUUAUUUCAGAAGGAAAAUGUUUGAGCACUAUCAAUCAUGAUGUUCGGGUUUCGAAGAAGAGAAUCGGAUGCUCCUGUUCCUAGGCAAGACUGGAUGACCAGACUUCCGGAGAAAGCAAGGAAGGCUCCUCUCAGUUCCCUCUGUAUCCCCGGUAGUCAUGAUUCCUUCACUUCCUCUCUAGUUCCAGGUUGUAUUCCAGGUCCUGAUCAACCAGAGUUAAUUAGAAAACUUGCAAAGGAUUUCCCUCGGAUAGCGCAACAUAUCCUUUAUAGAUGGAGUUUUACUCAGCACAAGGAUGUAGUUUAUCAGCUAGAGAACGGUAUCAGAUAUUUUGACAUAAGGUUAGUUGCUGUCAAUGAUGAGUUCGUUAUAAUCCAUUGUCUGUUCGGAGAACCUAUACAAAAUAUACUUAGUAAAAUUAAACUAUUUCUUCAGGAGAAUCCUGGUGAAAUAGUUAUCCUUGAUUUUCAACAUCUUUAUAACUUUACUCCGGAGAAUAAUAUGGAGCUAGAGAACCAUGUUAAACAGGAGUUUGGAGAGAGUAUUUGUCCCUGUCCUCAAGAUCCAGGAGAGGUUUCAUUAGAUUUUAUGAACUCGUUUAGGUUCCAGGUGAUCUGUUUUCAUCCUAGACCUAUAUCAAGAUUGUUCUGGCCUAGGUAUCUAGCUCCGAACCCCUGGGCUAAUACAACCAGUUCAGCUAAACUUAAAAGAUUUCUGACUAAGGGUUUAGAUGAGCGACCCAAGGGCCUGUUAUUUAUCUCUCAAGGAGUAUUUACUCCACAGCUGAGUACGAUUAUCUUCCAUUGUUUCUCCGACCUGGAGCACUCCUGUACCAGGAGAUGCAACCGAACCGUGCGCUCCUGGUUAAACAAGACUCGGAGUAAACCCAAUAUUGUCAUCACGGAUUUUGUUCUGUGUAAUAAAUGCUCCUGUGACAUUAUAAACAAAAUUAUUCGUUUAAAUCAAAGUUAAUAUUGAUCAAAUCAAAGUCAAUAAACAGCAAACAGCAACAACUUUUAAGUGAUCUUUAUUGUUAAUUAAUAUAGAAUUAUAGUUAAAUAAAAUAAAGUAUAAAUUAACAAGAAUCAAUAAAAUAUAUCAAAAUUAUCAACUCACAUUAACAUUUUUUUUGUAAAUAAAAAAAAUAUCAGAAACAAAAUUUACAAAACAAACUUAAUCCUGAAUUCGAUUAAGAAUAUUCUAUCUAUUUAUGGUGUAUGUAAUAGUUUGUGAUUAUAGUUCAAAAAAGUAUCUGAAACGAUUAACUUUUAGUAAAAUUAUUAUUUUGUUGAAAUUUCAGA